GUAAGAAGGAGAGGGAGAACGAAGCAAGAAAAGAAAGAGGAAGAAGAAGAAGAAAGGAAGGAGGGCUGUCGUGAGGAUCCCGUCAAGUCGAUUCAACGCUUGAGCGAAAUUUUAUAUCAUAUUUAAGUUUCUCAUUACGAACAGCUUGAAUAAUCUCUUUGGCUGAGCGAUUUGUUAUCACGUGAGAGUCGCUUUGCUUGGGAAUUGGAUUCGAGUGGUUAGAAACUGCGGAGGAUGGCCGUGUCACUCUGAUCCCUAUAGUGUUUGGGGUGCGACAAAGAUUACGUAAGUUUAACCCAUAGCCACAAACCAAAGUGACCACCAGCACCAAUCCCGGAGCCAACUUGUCUCACGCCCUGUCUCCGUGCUGCAAUCACUAUGUAUAAUCAAGAACCCGCAGAUAUAUCUUCACCUUCAUCUGUGGUUGUAACCCGGAAGCUUUGUUCAGGUUGAGGUGGUGAGCUUCCCUACGUUUUUGAGACAGUGAAUGACUAUGGAAUCCAAAUUCACCGAACUCACUAACCCUGUUAACGGUUUCGAGGCUGACAGUCUCGCUUACCCAGCCAACCCAGAUCCAUUUCCGUGUCUCUCAGAUGGGUUCAAUGUAGAUGAACUUUAUGUUGAUUUCAACUCCUCAGAGAUUAGCUCUCUCCCGCAUGAGCAGCAAUCUGCAAAUGAUAAGUCCAUUGUUCAAAUCAUCCUUGAUGGAGGACUGAACCUGCCAUCCACAGAGGUAAGAACCGAUGGAGGCUCGCUACACAAUUCCACAAGCUUCAGUGAAAUACCAAAUUUAAGGGGAGAAUCUCUCUCCCUCUUGGAUUACACCGACUCAACAGAUCCAGUUCUCAAAUACAUAACUCAGAUACUUAUGGAAGAGGACGUGGAGGAGCAGCCCUGGAUAAUACCUGACUUUUCGGCUCUACGACAGACCGAGAAAUCUUUGUACGACACACUUGGCAAGAAGUACCCCAAUUCGCCAGAGCAAACCAUAGAAGUCAAUACCAAUCAAUUUAUCGAUGGCACAAGUAGCAACUGUAAUGAAGAUAGCAGUGAGCAGGGUUGUACUGGCACUAGCCAUUCUCUUGAUCCUAAUUCACAAGAUGAUCCUGAAGGCUCUCUAUAUCAUGCUUCUCUUUAUGCCCCGAAUCCUCAUGAAUUAGUCAUGCAGUGGACCAUGGAUCCCAGUUCCCAUUUCUACAUCAAUUCUACAAGCAGCUUCCCAGACUACUGGAAUGGCUUUGGUGAUGCCUUCCCUAGUGAGCUUCUGCAUAGGAGUACAUUGAGCAAUAGUCAACCAGGCUUGCAAUUGCAGUUUAAUAAACAGUUUGAGGAGGCAAGGAAGUUCCUUCCUGUGAGCGUCCCUGUGACAAUGGAUCAGGAGAACUAUGAUUUGGCUCAUAAGAUCGGAAACACUGAAGUUAAUGGCGUUGAUGAUGAGGAGAAUUUGAGGAAUCGCUUAAAGAAUGCAUCAAGGGCGAGAAAGAAUCACCAUGGGGACGAUGCAACUUUUGACGAAGGGCGGGCCAACAAGCAAUCGGCAUUAUAUAAGGAAGAUAAGGAAGAUUGUGAGCUCUCGGAAAUGCUUGAUAAGGUAUUGCUUGGUGACAACAUGGGAGGGGAGCCGUUAUUUUUAGAGUCCACAUCUGAGAAGAAAAGCGGAAGGGAAGACCUGCCUGGUCCUACUUGUGGCCGGGGGCGUCAUAAGAAGAGAACUAAGAGCACAGUGGACUUGAGGAGUCUUUUGGUUCUCUGCGCACAAGCUGUUUCGGCUAGUGACUUCAGGACUGCUCCUGGACUACUAAAGCAAAUUAGACACGAUUCUUCCCCCUCUGGUGAUGGAUCUCAAAGAUUAGCUCAUUACUUUGCCAAUGGGCUAGAAACACGCCUUGCAGGCAGUAUUGACACAAAUCAGGCUCAACGUUUUUGCAGCUAUAGAACGAUAGCUGAUAAGCUGAAAGCAUACCACCUCCAUCUUUCGGUCUGUCCAUUUAUGAAAUUCCAAAUCAUCUUCUCGAACUUCAUGAUUCUGAAAUUUGCAGCUACAGCAAAGGUGCUUCAUAUUAUAGACUUUGGUAUUAAUUUUGGUUUUCAAUGGCCAAUACUUAUCCAGGAGCUCUCAAAGAGAACUGAAGGACCUCCUAAGCUGCGAAUCACAGGAAUAGAGCUUCCACAACCUGGAUUUCGUCCCGCUGAGAAAAUAGAGGAGACAGGUCGUCGUUUGGCCAACUAUUGUGAGCGCUUUAAUGUUCCCUUUGAGUUCCAAGCAGUAGCAUCAGGGAGCUGGGAGUGUAUCAGGAUUGAGGAUCUCAAGAUUCGAAGUGAUGAGACGGUCGUAGUGAAUUGUCUUUGUCGGCUUGAGUAUCUUUAUGAUGAGACAGUUGAGGAGAACUGCCAGCGUGACGCUGUCUUGAGGCUGAUCAGUAGUAUAGAACCAGAUGUCUUUGUUCAUGGUAUAUACAACGGGUCCUAUAACACACCCUUUUUCUUAAAUAGAUUUCGCGAGGCUCUUUUUCACAUCUCUGCAGUGUUUGAUAUGCUUGAUGCUACCGUGGCUAGGGACAAUGAACAGAGGUUGGUAUUGGAGAAAGAGUUCUACGGACUAGAGAUUAUGAUUGUUGUGGCAUGUGAAGGUUUACAUAGGAUUUAUAGGCCUGAAACAUAUAGGCAGUGGCAAGUUCGUCUUAACAGGGCCGGUUUCAAGCAGCUUCCUCUUGAUCAUGAGCUCAUGAAGAAGGCUAGGGCAAAGUUGAGCGAAUGUUACCACGAGGAUUUUGGGCUUGAUGAACAAAGCAACUGGAUGAUGCUUGGCUGGAUGGGCCGAAUGAUUUCUGCUUCCGCAUGUUGGUAUCCACAUAGGUUGGGUUAAGUGUGUUUUCUAACAUGAUGAUCCACAGUUAGUGAGAUUCUUCUUGAACUGCCAUUGCCAGGCGAGGCAUAUCUGUAAGAGUGGCUGACAUGGUGCUCCUUUUCUCGUUCGAUCUAUGUUGCAAUUUGGGUGCAUUUACAGGCUGGUUAGCUUCUUUCUAGCUCGAUCAUGCAACUCUUUCUUUGCAGAUCAUAUAAAGCAGCAAAUACACUGUUCUGAAACGCGUCGAGCAGGAGGAGGAUCUAAAUUAAACAAAGGGAACCAUUGUGUGAAAGACAUGUAUUGGCGGUUGACAGGGUUUGGUUUUCUGUGAAGUGCAGUGCCAACUUAAGAAUGUCAAUAUCUUGCGGAGGCAGGGUGAGCUCUGCUUCUCUAUAGUAAGAUGAUGGAUGCUUAGCAGAAUUGUCUUAUGUGCGAUUGCGCCUAUCUGGGACUCGCUCAUAUGAUUUUGGGGAGAUAAGAUGGCAUUUUUAGAUGGUUAUGCAAGUUUUAUUCUUCUAUUGUGUAUGUGUGUUUGUUCUUAAUUCAGUCGUUUGAGUUUCUAGGUUGAUGAAACUGGAGCUAUUUGUAGUUUCGUGUAAUUUUAGUUCUUCAUCUUUAGUUUAUCAAACUAAGUUCUUAUUAUUUUCAUAAGAUUUUUGUUAAAAUCCCGGAAUGA